GAUGUGAUCGUCUUUAUUUCAUUGGAUAGGGGGAUACUUUUACUGAUCUUGUUCUAAUAUGAUGUGCCUUGGCUCCGUAAAGGUUAGGAAACCCUGGUGGAAUUGAUCUUCAAACAGAAAGAUGGCUUCCCCGCAGGCUGGCAACACACCUCCUACAGAGCAACACACCCCUCUAGCGCAAGAUGAGGAUCGCCAACAAGGGGAGGCGGCGGAGAGUGACGUGCCCGUGAAAAAACGAGGCAGGGGCCGUCCCCCGAAAUCCAAACUGUCCUUCAAGUGCUCGUCCUGCGGCGAGUCCUUCCGGAGCGUGCCGGCGCUGCGCGACCACAAGCUCUCGGUGCACGGCAAGGAGCCUCCGCAACAUCCCCACGCAUGUCCGCAGUGCCAAAAGAUCUUCUCCAGCAAGGCCCAUCUCUCCAAACACGAGAGCACGCACUUGGCCCAGCGGCCCUUUCAGUGUCCCGACUGCCACAAGGCGUACAAGACGCCCACCGAGCUGCGCAACCACAGUCGCUCGCACACGGGCGAGAAACCGUUUGUGUGCACCGAGUGCGGCAAGGCCUUCAUGCAGGCCAUCUGCCUGCGGAUCCACAUGACGCAGCACAACGGCGAGCGGCCCUACUCCUGCCGCCAGUGCUCCAAAAGCUACCCCACCUUGUCCAAACUCAAGGUGCACAUGCGCUCUCACACCGGCGAGAAGCCGUACUUUUGCGGCGAGUGCGGCAAGAGUUUCGCCGACCCCUCCGUGUUCCGUAAGCACCGACGCAACCACCAGGGCCACCGGCCGUAUGCCUGCAACGAGUGCGGCAAAACCUACACGGAGCUGAAGGACCUGAAGAACCACGAGCGCUCCCACACCGGAGAGAAGCCCUUCCUGUGCUCCGACUGCGGCAAGGCCUUCUCCCGCUCGUCCUCGUUGGUAUGCCACCAACGCAUCCACUCCCAGAAGAAGCCCUAUCAGUGCGAGCAGUGCGGAAAAGGCUUCACGCAGCUGUCCUCCUACCAGUCUCAUCUGCGCACGCACUCCGGCGAGAAGCCCUUCCUGUGCCCACAG